CGUCGUGACACAGAUCAGCGCAGCGUCUACGUCUCCCUGACGCCACCGCGGGCCGCCGCGCUGCCUGUUGUGGGGCAACCAGUCGUCCUCGUAUCGCGCCACUAAAGGUAUAUAACUCGGCGCGCUGACACCCUUCUGCCCCAUCAUUGGAUCCUCUCACGCCUCAUCACCUAACAUGCUUCGCACCCGCCUCGCAGCCCAGGCCAUCCGUCCGCUCUCUCGCGGUGUCGCGACAUCAGCGCCCCGCGCCCUUGCGACUCACGCCCCCGACACCCACGUCGUCAAGGCUAAGGCAUGGGCGAACCCGUUCCCGGGUGACACGUUUUCUGUCGGGCCCAAGAACGGUUUUCUGCCCACCAAGGACCCCCUCGAGACCCUCCCGCAGGAGUACGAGGCGAUGGAGACGCUCCUCGAAGACAUGCGCCUGCAGAAGAAGGACGGCUCGCCGGGCCUCCUCGCGACCGGCGAUUUUGGGGCCGCCGUUGAGCGUGACCUCCCCGAGUACGAUGUGUCCAAAGUCAACGACGGCGAGCUUCUCUCCGCACUCUACCGCGAUCUCACAUUCGUCGCCUCCGCCUAUCUCCUCGAACCCUGUGACAUCCAGUACCGCAAGGACAAGACCUACGGCCUCGGCCGCCAGGUCCUCCCCCGCAACAUCGCCGUCCCUCUCAACCAGGCCGCUGAGAAGAUCGGCCAGCGCCCGUUCAUGGAAUACGCCCUCUCGUACGCACUGUACAACUACAAGCGGAUCGACAAGUCCAAGGGUCUCGACUACGACAACCUUGACCUCAUCCGCGCCUUCUCCGGCUACCCCGACGAGUACGGUUUCAUCCUCGUACACGUGGCGAUGGUGCGCCACUCGGGCGACCUGACCUCGGCCACGCUCCGCGCGCUCGACGCCGCGGCCGAGGGUAACCGCCCCGGCUUUAUCAAGGCCAUGCAGGACCUCCUCGCGACGUACCAGCAGAUCAACAAUGUUAUGGAGACCAUGUGGGGCCGCUCCAAGCCUGAGGGCUACCUCUCUUACCGCACCUUUAUUAUGGGUACCAAGAACCAGCCGAUGUUCCCCAACGGUGUUGUGUACGAGGGCGUCUCAGACCAGCCCUUCAAGAUGCGCGGCGAGUCUGGCGCCAACGACUCGAUGGUGCCCCUCGGCGACAACCUCCUCGAGAUCACCUCCAAGAUGCCCGCCAACCCCCUCACCGAGGUUCUCCGCGACUUCCGCACCUACCGCCCACGUAACCACCAAGAGUUCCUUACGUACGUGCAGCAGCGCGCAAGUGCGAUCGGCAUCCGCGAGUUUGCGCUCCAGGAUGCCACCAGCGCGGCCAUGUACCUUGCGAACCUCGACCAGAUCCGCGCGUUCCGUCACCGGCAUUGGGCAUUCACGAAGGAGUACAUCAUCAAGCGCACGGCGCACCCCGUCGCAACAGGUGGCUCGCCCAUCGUUACGUGGCUCCCGAACCAGCUCGACGCUGUGCUCCAGCAGAUGAUCGUCACAGAGGCCUGCAUCGACCGCAGCGCGCUGCAGCCCCAGCACCGCGUCAUGGUCGAGGAGAUCUCGCAGCGCGCCGAGGCCCAGCAGCGCGUGCUUGUACGUGAGGUCGCAAAGCUCUCCGUCGAGCGCGGGCAGCAGUCUGUCGGUGUCGACGCCGUUGAGCGCGCUGGCGCCGCGUCGUACGCCGCCACGGCGUAAGGAUAUUGAAAGAGUAGAGGAGUCGCGGUGAGGACGCACGAGGAUUGCAUUGUUUGGGUCUGCUCGUUUCCCUGAUCGUCGACAUUGUAGGCAUAGUAUGGAGUUAUGAAGCUUGAUGACAAUC